AUGAACCCAGGUUUAGAAAUCUCAAUUGACACCGAAGUGUCCCGUUCUUCGGACAGAUCGGAGGCCAACAGACCGGUCAAGAUUCGCAUGCCGCCCUACAACCACAGCAUGCAUCUAAUUCAAUGCGUUGAGUUCGCAAUUGGCCACGACCAGCACUACUUUCGACGACAGCACAUUCGCGCCAGGGUAACGCAGAUGUAUCAGAACCCGGAAUCCUCUCGAAGCAAAGAUCGAGGGUGGUUAUGCUUUUGGCUUGCUGUGCUUGCAGUUGGGGAGCUACACAAUAGCAAUGGAAGUACCGGUGCUGAUAAUGGUCUGGGAUUAAGCGGAGCAUCUCCCGACAAGGAUUCCCCCGGAGCCGAUUAUUACCACCAAUCUGUCGCAUUUCUUCAGCAGGUGGCAGAGAAUCCUGACGUACUGUACAUCGAGACCUUGUGCUUGCUUGCAGUCUACGCGUUCUCGAUGGACAAAAUCAACACGGCGUACAUGUACAACGGCCUUGGUUUGCGUGCGGCGCUUUCACUGGGCUUGCACCGAAGCCCACUGGAUUUGCCGUCAGAAGGCUCGGAUCUCCGUAUAUCUGAAAGCGAACACCAGAGGCGGGUGUUCUGGACCGUGUAUUAUCAGGAUCUGCUUACCUCCUCUACCACAGGCCGCCCUUGGGGUAUCCUGGACGAUGAAAUCACGAUUGAAUAUGCCGACUCGAGUCGUAUUCCUGGCGACUCGAUGAUGGAGUUCUUUGACUCUGAAGAGUCUAAUGCGCACCUGGAACUCAUGCGUCUGCGGGGUCAGGCUUAUUCUUCGUUAUACGGCUACGCAGGCACCGCAAUCAAUCCCUACUCUCAUAUCUCUCUGUUCGAUUUUGACUUGGGGAAUCCUUUAUCACAACAACAUCUGGAUAAGAUGGAUGAAUUUCACCAAGGCUUGAUUGCCUGGCAGCAGGAGCUCCCAGAGAAGUUGAAGCUCGCUAGGAGUUUCGAAGGAUCGGGAUUAAACCCAAGUCGAGUGACCGCGACCUUGCAUCUCAUCUAUCAUCAAACCAUCCUUGUGCUGCUCAGGCCCGUUUUGGUCAAUAUCCACAAUGACCGCUUGGAAGCGCGAAUAAAGGACCAUUCCGAGACGACCGACGCCUAUCCGGGGCCAAAGUCGAUGCUGCGAGCGUUUUAUAACAUAAUCCUGGAAUCUGCGCGAGAGACUGCGAGUAUAUUAGAGUGGUUGCAAUACCAAGGUGCACUAUUCAUCUAUUCGUAUUUCGAUGCCAGCUACGCCUUUACCGCGGCCAUAGAACUCCAUCUUGCCAGAAGCAUGCGCUCAUUCGCAUAUCCCAACCAAGACGCUCUUCAAUUCACCGACGAAGACCUGUCUGCCCUCAACACCAUAGUCGGCAUCCUUCGUCAGCAGAGCUUAGCAGGCAAUGCACCAGCAAAACAUUUUGACAGACAGCUGCGGCUGCUGGAGAACAACCUCCAAGCCCUGCAGACAGCGUUGGAUAAUCGUGUUGUGAAUUUGGACGAUCUCAACUUUGACCUCGAUUACCUAAACCCCGGGCUAACUGCAUUGACGGAUCAUGUUGGCGCGGCUUUGCGGGGUGAAUCUUAG